AUGCUUGAUUACGCGGGUAUUAUAAGUUUGAAAAGGGAGCAAUUCCAUGUGAACAUCCGAAAACAAAGAAAUGAAAAACAGUUCAAGGAAUCAAGAAAAAAUUAUAUUCAAUUCCUGUUUUCUCAAUAGACAUAAAUGUAGGAGAUGUCCAAUUCGCUCCGAGAGAAACUUGAGAAAGGAGAAAAUCUUCAAGGAGAGGUCUUGUAAAUGAUGGUAGAUAAAAUUUUUGAUGUGCUGUAAAAGGAUAAUAAUCUAAAUCUGUUGGAUACAAUCGAUGCUGCAGUAUGGAUGUUGAAAUCGGUUGAUGAGUAGACUUACGAGGAUGAGUUAAGCGAUAAUUUGAGGAUGUUAAAAAUAGUGGAGAAGAUGAUACUAUAUUCAUAAGGAUAUGAGAUUGAUAAUGAGCCACUCAAUUCAUAGAUCAUUAUUUAUGCUGCUAAAUUCCUGAAAUAUUGGACUUAAAUGGAGGAUAAAUCAUUAAAUCUUAAGUUUGGGGAAAUGGCAGAAACAGUGUAUUUCUUGUUAAGUAAAUAAGAAUAGAUGUUUAUCAAGAGAGGUGCAGAUAUAUUGUAUAACAUGGCAUUAAUUGAUAAUGGCUAGAUUUUAAUUAAGUUACAUGAGCUAUUAAUUUUUGGUCAGAAAUUAGUGAACCAAUUUGCACUAUCUUAAAUACAAGUCAUAAUACAAAGAAUAGUUUUAUAAACAUUUUUAGAUUAAGAUAAGAAUGGAUAGCAGUUAUAUAUCAAUUUUAACAUGAUUGAAAAUCAAUAACAAAUUAGCUUUUUUAAUUUAUUGAUAAAUUAGGUGUUGGAAUCUGAACAACAGAAUCGAAAAUUGUUUAAGAAUUAAAUGCAUUUGGUUCAGCAUAUACUUGAUUAUUAUUAAUCAGAUAAUGAAUAAAUCUAUGAAGAGUUCAAGCAAUUACUAAUUACAUCUCAAUUUUCAGUUAAAUUGAAAAAUCUCUGGCUAUUUCAUAAAUGGAAUUCCAUAGCAACCAUAGCACAUGAAAUUUAGACGCAUUUAGAAGAAUAAUAACUAUGA